AUGGAUCAACCAUGCCGAUAUUUUCUAAAAGGACAAUGCAAAUUCGGUGACCACUGUCGGAACAGUCAUUCAAAUCCUAUUCAACCUCAACUAUAUGAUCAACAAAUUCGACGUCCACGGUUUGAUCCGCGAUACAAUUAUGUUUCGCCCGCACUUGUAAGUCAACUUCCAGAACAUGUCUUUUCGUGGAUUAACAAAAAUUUUACUGAAAAAGAAAAAGUUCUAGAAAUAUUAUGUAAACUUCGAAGAGAAGCUUACCAAUCGCAUGCAUUUUGGCGUUUCUCGACAACAUCUUUGCAUCCAGGUGAACCAUCUAUACCUGGAAUGAUUGAUCAAUCAUUUGAAGAAGUUAGAUGGGGAUAUUUAAGUUGUCCUCAGGAUCAAACACAUAUCUAUAAAGAUUAUUAUAGAAAACAUUGGGAAGGUGCCGAAAAACGUCUAUUGCAAUUAUCUCGAUUAGAUGAAAUGUUUCUGAAUGAAAUUAAGCCAUUGAUCGAGGCUUACAUAUGUAAAUAUAAACCGACCCAGCAACAAGAAACAAUCCCCAUAUCGUAUUAUACACCAAGAAAUCAAUUACGACCAGAAGAUUUGAAUGCAUUCGAAAGUGAUAAAUUUGAAUUAGGACAUAUACCGUCCGUUCCACCGUCACAAAAUCUUUGUAGGAAUCAGAGAAGAGAAGCCUCAGCACUCCUGGAAAGUCUAAUGCCAGCACAAACCGUGAGACAUGAAAAGUCUGGAUCAUUCUCAUUUUUAAAAAGACUUUGGGCCAUCUAUCCAUGA